AUGCUUGGUCUAGGAUUAAGACCUCGACUCAAGGUCCGCCCGUCUCUACUGGACUUGCUGUCGCAUAACAAGCCGUUCCUAGAGCUGGUUGAUUCUGCCGAAGCAGUUACGACAGCUUCUCCACCUUUGGACCUGGACCUGCCACCACUGCCCGCAACUCCAACUCCAACUUCAACUCCCACCUCCUCCGCCUUUAUCAACUCCCACGACUCACCAAUAUCCUCUCCAACACAUACCUCACCGUUGACCGCAGACAACGUCCCCGCUGAAAUUAUUGUCGAGCUGCAACCUCCUUCCUUGCCGUCGCCGUCUCCCUCACCUCCACCCGUCAUGGCGCCCUCUGACAAAAAGCAGAACGACGAUGAACAGCUCGGCGCCGUCUUUUCUAUUUCCGGUCCCGUCGUGGUGGCCGAGAAAAUGAUUGGUUGUGCCAUGUACGAGUUGUGUCACGUCGGCCAUGACCGUCUUGUUGGUGAAGUCAUCCGUAUCGACGGCGACAAAGCAACAAUCCAAGUCUACGAAGAAACAGCCGGCGUCAAAGUCGGUGACCCCGUUACCCGGACCGGUAAACCCCUGUCUGUCGAGCUGGGCCCUGGUCUUAUGGAGACAAUCUACGAUGGUAUUCAGCGACCGCUCAAGGCCAUCGCAGACUCCUCCGAGAGUAUUUACAUCCCCCGUGGGAUCGCCGUGCCGGCCCUUGACCGCGUGAAGAAGUGGGAUUUCAAGCCGACCAAGAAGGUGGGCGAUAUGAUUACCGGUGGUGAUAUCUGGGGUAUCGUCCAUGAGAACAGUUUGCUGGAUGAGCACAAGAUCCUUCUUCCACCUCGUGUCCGGGGUAAAAUCACCAAAAUAGCAGAGGCCGGAAGCUACACCGUGGACGAGAAGAUUUUGGAAAUCGAGUUUGACGGCAAAAAAUCCGAACAUGGUAUGAUGCACACUUGGCCCGUUCGUGUUCCUCGACCAGUGAACGAGAAGCUUGCGUCCGACUCGCCAUUUAUCGUCGGCCAGAGAGUGUUGGACUCUCUGUUCCCUAGUGUCCAGGGUGGUACUGUUUGUAUUCCGGGAGCUUUCGGUUGUGGUAAAACGGUCAUUUCGCAGUCCGUGUCCAAGUUCUCAAACAGUGAUAUUAUCGUCUAUGUUGGAUGUGGUGAGCGUGGAAAUGAGAUGGCUGAAGUGUUGAUGGAUUUCCCAGAGCUCUCUAUUGAAAUCAACGGUCGCAAAGAACCCAUCAUGAAGCGUACAUGUCUUAUUGCCAACACAUCAAAUAUGCCCGUCGCUGCUCGUGAAGCUUCUAUCUACACUGGUAUUACAGUUGCCGAGUACUUCCGUGAUCAAGGAAAGAACGUGGCCAUGAUGGCCGAUUCCAGUUCUCGCUGGGCCGAAGCUUUGCGUGAAAUCUCUGGUCGUCUUGGUGAAAUGCCUGCAGAUCAGGGUUUCCCUGCUUACCUCGGUGCUAAGUUGGCGUCCUUCUACGAGCGAGCUGGCAAGAGUGUUGCUCUCGGUAGUCCCGAGCGUGAGGGUAGUGUCAGCAUUGUCGGUGCCGUGAGUCCCCCUGGUGGUGAUUUCACUGAUCCUGUCACCACCAGUACUCUGGGUAUUGUGCAAGUGUUUUGGGGCUUGGAUAAGAAGUUGGCUCAGCGCAAACAUUUCCCUUCAAUCAACACUACGGUCUCUUACAGCAAAUAUACCACCAUUCUAGACAAAUAUUACGAAAAAGAGCAUCCCGAAUUCCCUCGCCUCCGAGACCAGAUUCGAGAGCUUUUGUCCAACUCUGAAGACCUCGACCAAGUUGUGCAGCUCGUCGGAAAGUCUGCAUUGGGAGAUUCGGAUAAGAUUACUCUAGAUGUGGCAGCGCUUCUCAAGGACGACUUUUUGCAGCAGAACGGUUACAGUGACUACGACCAGUUCUGUCCUCUCUGGAAGACCGAGUACAUGAUGAAGGCGUUUAUGGGCUACCACGACGAAGCACAAAAGGCAGUAGCCCAAGGCCAAAGCUGGGCCAAGGUCCGCGAGGCGACUGCAGAUAUCCAGACAGGUCUGCGAAACAUGAAGUUUGAAGUUCCGGAUGAUGAAAAGGCAGUCUCAGCCAAGUACGAGAAACUGCUGUCAGACAUGUUUGAGCGAUUUGCUACAGUUUCUGAUGAGUAG